AUGCAUGAGAAACGGAUCCGAGUGUUGUCUCUUCCGCUCAGCAUUCCACGCAGCAAAAGUAGCAAGAUCCCUCAGACGGUCCGCUUGAAGCCAGAAAGAAUGGAUGCCUUUCGUUAUGUCAUUAUGCUUGGCAACCAACGUGUCGAGCAGAUCGAGGCUUUCUUGGUUGUAAUGCAAGACGAGUUUCCCGAUGAGAUGGCGGUCGGCAGCCCCUCUAAAGCGCCGACUCACGAGACGGAGGUUCUUGAUGGAAGUGGUGUCACAAGCCUCACAAAUCCUGUCGAGGAGCUCGUUCGACAAACGCGAGAGACUGGCCAUGGCUCGAAGCUGGGGAUUUAUUGCGCUUCAACCUCGCAACUGAGAGCUCCUUGUGGCAGGAAAUAUGAGAAAAGUUGUUGGAAAAGAGGUGCGGUCAAGACGUUUCACAACAAGUCAGGCACAUUCCGUCUCCGCUUGACGCGCUACCGCGAGGAAGAGCAGUACUUGCUACUCAAUGAACAACCUUUCAAAUCUCCGCGGCCUAACGAAAGAACUAUCUCCAUCCCACAAGAGAGUGCAAUAUGCUACCUUCAGAAUUUUCGACUGGUCAUCCAGCAGCGAGAGCUUCUCCUUCUCCAACCAAGCCCACACCCUUGGAUACCCUUGAGACCAUCAUCUGUCGGCUCAUACGCUGAUUCUUCAAUGCAGAGAGGUCCAAACCAGUGA